AUGAAGAUGAGGGGUACGGGGGCUCGGUUGUCUGCUACACUUGUGGUGAAGUGUCAAAGGGUAUUGCGCUUCUUCGGGAAUGGGGACAUAUUGUUGAUGAAUCAUCGAUUCCAAACAACACUGUUGAGGGCGUCAGCGUUGCCGGGAACAUCAACGCUGAGUAUAAACAUACCUAGUAAUGCUACAGGCCUACCAAUAGAAGUUCCACCCACAGAUGUGCAGCCUACGGGAAGGAUGAAGGGGAAGCGUCGUUCCCCAGAAAAGGUCCAGGGUGAUAGAGAAGAGAGAUAA